ACUAAAUGUAAGUUGUCAUUUUUGACACUUUGCGAACUUUUGUCUAUGGUUUUGUAAUUUCUUUUGGGAAUUCGUAGCCAUGGCGCGUGUACCACCGCCCGCAAUCAAGAAGGACAAGAAGGAGAAGAAGGAGAAAAAGCCGCCGAAAGACAACUCCAAAAAUGUUAUGAGAAACCUUCACAUCAGGAAACUCUGCCUGAACAUCUGUGUUGGAGAGUCUGGUGACAGGCUGACACGUGCUGCUAAGGUGUUGGAACAGCUGACUGGACAACAGCCCGUGUUCUCGAAGGCUCGCUAUACUGUGCGAUCAUUCGGCAUCCGCCGUAAUGAAAAGAUCGCUGUACACUGCACUGUCCGUGGUGCCAAAGCUGAAGAAAUCCUUGAGAGGGGACUUAAGGUGCGAGAAUACGAGUUGAGGCGUGACAACUUCUCUGCCACUGGCAACUUCGGUUUCGGUAUCCAGGAACACAUUGACUUGGGUAUCAAGUAUGACCCUGCUAUUGGUAUCUACGGUCUUGACUUCUACGUUGUCCUUGGGCGGCCAGGUUUCAAUGUGGCGCACAGGAGACGCAAGACUGGCAAGGUUGGUUUCCCUCAUCGUCUGACGAAGGAGGACGCCAUGAAGUGGUUCCAACAGAAAUACGAUGGUAUCAUCCUUAACAGCAAAAAGUAAAUUUAAGUAAACAAAAUUUAUAAAGUUG